UUUUUUUAUCCUCUCAUCUUCUCCAUCUAUCCCAACAAACACACUCAGAGAGACACACAAAACAAAUCCCAAGAGGAAGAGCGAAAAUGGCAGCGACGACUCUUUCCAUCGCAAGCUCAAUCCGUUCAUCAUCUUCUCCCACUCUCGCUUCCGUCCAUCGCUUUCCUUCCCGACCCACCGGAGUCGAAUUCCCGGCUCGCUUUGGCGCUUCUUCUUCCACGCUCAGCCACCGCGCAAUCAACCUCCGUCCCGUCGCCGCCGUCGAAGCUCCAGAGAAAAUCGAGAAGAUUGGUUCCGAGAUCUCGUCUCUGACCCUAGAAGAAGCACGCAUCCUCGUCGAUUACCUCCAGGAUAAAUUCGGUGUCUCACCACUCUCUCUAGCUCCUGCUGCGGCGGCUGUGGCUGCUCCGGGAGACGGUGGUGCGGCGGCGGUUGUGGAAGAGCAAACCGAAUUCGAUGUGGUUAUCAAUGAAGUGCCCAGCAGUAACCGUAUUGCAGUGAUCAAAGCGGUAAGGGCUUUGACUAGCUUGGCGUUGAAGGAAGCCAAGGAGCUCAUUGAAGGGUUGCCGAAGAAGUUUAAGGAAGGUGUGACGAAAGAUGAAGCUGAAGAAGCCAAGAAGCAGCUUGAAGAAGCUGGUGCUAAGGUUUCCAUUGCUUAAGUUUUAACAAUCGGAUGUUUUUUCUUAUUAAAAAUGUGUCUUUUUUUCCGGGAUUUAUGGGUCUUUUUGUUGUUAGAGUAUAGUUUGCGUUUGGAAUUGUUGAUUAAGCUUUGAGAAAUUAUUGUAAUUUGAAUCAAAUUUCGUUUCCUAUUAUUGAUUUAGCCCUCGA